GUUUCUGAGAAUACACAACACAGCCAGCGAAAUGGAGUAAAGUCAACUGUUCUUAUUCGGACUCAAAAGGGAUAACAAAAGGACAUCGGUGCCUCUUGGAGGACCGUAAACAAACAGGAUAUCAAACGUUCUCCCGCAUCGUCAGUCUGUCGAAUGCACAGAUCUCAGCUGCGGCUUGUGCUGAUUGAGGAGCAGAAACGUUUGAUGGUUACAACUUUACGGAGGAAGUCACUGACGGGCAGCAAAUAUUACCAAGUUAUAUGUACUUAGGUUCUUCGUUUAUAUUUCAUUGCCUGUUCGUCAGCUAGUUGGCAAGCUGUUGAUCGAAAAAAAAAAAAAAUUAAACUUCUAGUUGAAGACUCGGUCGCGAGGGACCGUGGACGGUUACCAAGCUAAGGUUAACUUAACUAGCCAAUUUCCUCCAACGCCCCCUCCCCCAUUAUAGCUAGCUAGCUAGCCACUGUCUCCAUACCAAAGCCCACACACUGGGGUGAAAUAAAUGACUAUGGCUAAUUUUGUGCGGUUUCGUUGGUCUCUUGUGAAAUAACAUGGAUUUGGCUGAAGAUCAGGAUUCGUUACCUUACUGAGAUGGCGAGCUAGCUAGCGAACUGGAUGAGUGGGUUUCGUGUCGUUGCGAUAAAGCGGUUGUGUUAGCUAGCGCUAGUUUGGUACAUAUACUUCGUAUAUUAACUAACUCAAAUUCAGCUAUCUACUGGCCAACUCGCUAUCAAGUAGCACCGGUUUCCACAGCAGUUAGUAAUAACACUUUCUCCCUUGUCGACCACGUAAAUUGAGAAUCUAGCUGGCUGAUUUCGUGGCUGAAUUUACAGUUUAAAUGUGGCAUCUAACGUAAAGUUAGUGCCAACAACUGAAUGCUUGUUCUCUUGAUAGAUAAAUUCGAUAGUUGUCGCCAACGUUAGUUAAAGUAUAUUUUACUCGGGUAUCUAGCAAAUUGUUUCAGCAUAGGUUUUGCGUGCUGGAUAUUCAGCUAGCAACCUGCAUCUGUGGUUUGAUUGAUGUCCUCUUUCUGAUAUCGCUGUGUAGGAUCCUAUGCCAAUAAGACAAUUGUUUUGAUUUUUCAUGUUGGUGAAUACGUUUGAACCUGAACCUAACUACUGUAUUCGCUAGUAUCUGGACCAUUCAUUCGUCAGUACUAUUUUUUGUGUGAUACAGGCGAGCUGGCUUGCUCUUGUUAUUUUCGCUUUCUACCCCUGUCAUCGUUAUUACACGAGGAUGUCUUCAUCGAAUACCAGUUCGAUAGAAGUGAUACAACCCAUCUUUGUCGACGCAUAAAGUCAUGUUUUAUUUUGAAGCAGAUGCGACGAGACGCAAUUAGGAAGCUUGAAGCAUACGUCUUGCUGGAGUACCACGUACCGCAAUAUUACAAUUUUAGCUUUUCAAGAAGAUAAAACAAACUAUGUGGCUAGGAUCAGUGGGGUUUUACAGUUGUUAUUAGCUAGCUGCCUUGCUAGUUCGCCACAUCUAGCAGGUGGGCCAUCUAAAUAAGUGAAGCUCUCUGAAAGGUGGUAAACGAAAUCUCUCAUCAAUCUUGUCUGGCCAUUGAAACCACUACCAUUUUUGGCACACAAAAAAAUACCCAGAUGAUAAAUACUAUUAUUUUUGUGUAACAAUGGUUGUGUUUUGAGGGACCGUGUGUGUCGAACCUAGAGGAAGAAAACGACACGCUUCAUUCGAUGGUCGCCCCUGUCAUCCGCAUAGCUGCCUCGGUCGCCCAGGUUGGAUCUAGAUUCUAACCAUUUUCAGACAUUUGCUUUAUCUUUAAAAAAACAAAAAAAAAAACCUUUCCACGGCUGGUGUAUCGACUCGGUCGAACCAGGGUUGAAGAUGGCGGACCUCGAAGCAGUUCUCGCCGAUGUCAGCUAUUUGAUGGCGAUGGAGAAGAGCAAAUCUACUCCAGCGGCCCGAGCGAGCAAGAAAAUCAUACUGCCUGAAUCCAGUAUUCGCAGUGUGAUGCAGAAGUACCUGGAGGAAAGAGAUGAGCUGACGUUUGACAAAAUCUUCAACCAGAAGAUUGGGUUUCUGCUGUUCAAGGAUUUUUGUUUGAAUGAAAUAGAUGAGGCCGUACCACAGCUCAAGUUCUACGAAGAAGUGAGAGAAACACACACCUCUGUUUGUCUCUCUCUCUCCCCUCUGUCUCUCUCUCCGUACAUAGUGGAGAUCUGUGACAGUCUGCGAGGGAUGAUCUUCUGCAAGUUCAUAGAGAGUGACAAGUUCACUCGUUUCUGUCAGUGGAAGAACGUGGAGCUGAACAUCCAUUUGACGAUGAAUGACUUCAGUGUCCAUCGUAUCAUUGGUCGAGGGGGUUUCGGGGAGGUGUACGGCUGCAGGAAGGCUGACACCGGGAAGAUGUAUGCCAUGAAGUGUUUGGAUAAGAAGAGGAUCAAGAUGAAGCAGGGAGAGACUCUGGCUCUGAACGAGAGAAUCAUGUUGUCCCUCGUCAGCACAGGGGACUGUCCGUUCAUAGUGUGUAUGACGUACGCCUUCCACACACCAGACAAACUCUGUUUCAUUCUGGAUCUGAUGAACGGAGGGGACCUACACUACCACCUGUCUCAGCACGGUGUGUUCAGUGAGAAGGAGAUGCGUUUCUACGCAGCAGAGAUCAUCCUGGGACUAGAACACAUGCACAACCGCUUUGUUGUCUACAGAGACCUCAAGCCUGCUAACAUCCUAUUGGAUGAGCAUGGUCAUGUGCGUAUCUCAGACCUGGGUCUGGCCUGUGACUUCUCAAAGAAGAAACCUCACGCCAGCGUUGGUACCCAUGGAUACAUGGCCCCAGAGGUGCUUCAGAAGGGGACGGCGUACGACAGCAGUGCUGACUGGUUCUCCCUGGGCUGCAUGCUCUUCAAACUGCUCAGAGGGCACAGUCCCUUCAGACAGCACAAGACCAAAGACAAACAUGAGAUUGACCGGAUGACGCUCACUAUGAACGUGGAGUUGCCAGACUCGUUCUCUGUGGAGCUGAAGGGUCUAUUGGAGGGUCUGCUGCAGAGAGAUGUGGUGAAAAGACUGGGCUGCCUGGGACGAGGGGCCCCAGAGGUGAAGGAGCAUCUGUUCUUCAAAGGCAUUGACUGGCAGCAAGUGUAUCUCCAGAAGUAUUCUCCCCCUCUCAUCCCUCCUAGAGGAGAGGUAAAUGCAGCAGAUGCUUUUGACAUUGGUUCCUUUGAUGAGGAGGACACCAAGGGCAUCAAGUUGUUGGACAGUGACCAGGAGUUGUAUAAGAACUUCCCCCUGGUCAUCUCAGAACGCUGGCAGCAGGAGGUGGCUGAGACGGUGUACGAGGCGGUCAACUCCGACACGGACAAGAACGAGGCCCGCAAGAGGGCCAAGAACAAACAGCUGCGCCACGAGGAGGACUAUGCCCUGGGGAAGGACUGUAUAAUGCACGGCUACAUGUUGAAGCUGGGGAACCCGUUCCUGACGCAGUGGCAGCGCAGAUACUUCUACCUGUUCCCCAACCGAGUGGAGUGGAGGGGAGAGGGGGAGUCACGGCAAAACCUGCUGACGAUGGAGCAGAUUGUGACGGUGGAGGAGACACAGAUUAAAGAUAAGAAGUGCAUCCUGCUGCGCAUCAAAGGAGGGAAGCAGUUUGUCUUGCAGUGUGAGAGUGACCCAGAGUUUGUGCAGUGGAAGAAGGAGCUGACCGAGGCGUUCACUGAGGCCCAGAAGCUGCUGCGUCGCGCCCCUAAGGUCAUUGGGAAGGGACGGGCUGGGGGGGUGGAGCUCUCCAAACCUCCCCUCACACACCACAACAGCAACGGCCUGUAGGCCACACACCUGCACACACACACACCGCAUCUUAUAACCUCAUCCCCUAUGAACCCGCCCCCCCCCCCCCCCAGCCCUAGACACAUAAAUCACACACACACACACACACACACACACACACACAAACACAGGAACACCCCACACUCUCGCCCUGGAGUGUGUAUGGACCAAGCCGCCAGCCUCUCUCCUCUGAAAGCCAAAGCAUACCAUGGGACCCUGGGAUGAAGGGAAAGAGAUGUACAUGUACCUAAAGAGGUCCAGAGUGUUUUCUCCCCUCCGUCUCCCACUGUAGCCUGGGGGUAGACCCUUCUCAAUGAUGACACACUCCUCUCACCCCAAUGCACUGGCAUUCCACCCAGUCAACCUGGCAGAGCAGCAGAAACCAGCCCUGGAGUAGGAGACUGAAGACUAGGGCCCCUCUUCUCCUUUUCUCUUUGUCUCCCUCAUCCCCCAGAGAGACUGGACCUGAGCCACACACACCUGCCAGCCACUCUCCACAGGAUUGUCUGACUGUAGUGGAGGGGUGGGACCUAAAGCAGGAGGUGAAGAUCUGGACCAACGGCAUCGCUUGGAGAGAGGGGGCUGGACCAAUGACAUUCCUCUCCUGUGGGCUCAUACGGAGGGGAGGAGAGAAAAGCAGAAGGAGAACAGGAGCAAAGACCUGCUGGGACAUACCAAGAGAAUGGCAAUGAACUGUGUGUUGCUGUGUGUGUACGCUAUUGUCCCGGUGUGUUGCUGUGUGUGUACGCUAUUGUCCCGGUGUGUUGCUGGGUGUGUGUGUGCUAUUG